CAACUGUAUCAAACCUACCCGCAUAACAAAAUACAGUUUGUCUUACUUUAAGAACAAUAAACAUCUUGUAACGGGUACGGUUAAUGUAUCAGAAAAAGUUGCUUUUAUGUAUAACCAUAUGGACUUCAAAGCUGUUCACCAUUUCAAACAGUAUGAUUAACCCACACCUGUCAGUAACAAUAUAUGAUACUGCUCUGAUAUUGUUAAAUUAUAUGGGAAUGGAUUCAAACAAGAUAUGGUGAAAACUUUACGCCACCAUUCGGCAAAUUGUUUUUGUUUUAAUUUGUGCAACACCCUCACACAUUUGCAUUUGACAAUAUUGAACUACAUUUUAACAGUUCGACAAAUAGUUACAUUUUGUUGGUAUUUGUAUGCGACAAUCUAGCAUUGAGUGUAGAAAAAAAAUCGCCGUCGGAUUGCCGUCGAAGAAAAACAGUCGAGUUAAACUGAAAUUAUAUUUACAAAACAGCAAUUCACAUAAAAAAUGACAACUGCGAUCGACCCAGAACUGCGCACCAAAAUCGAUGCCGCUUGCCGGAUGGAGGAGGGAUUCACCAAACUGUACAACGAAAAAGUAGCCAAGAAGCGGCAUCAGAUGACCCGGCUCUACAUGGACAACGGUUUGCUGGUGUGGAACGGAAAUGGUGCUAACGGGAAGGACAACAUCCAGAAGUACUUCCAGGAACUGCUCCGCUUCGAAUACAUUAUGAACACCCUGACUAUAAUUGAACCAUCGCAGGGCUGGUAGCGGAUCUAAUUUUCUAUUUUAAUUCUUUAAUUCGAGUCUUUAAAAAGUGCAAAAUUAAAUGCAAAUUCCUGUGCUUUAAUAAUGUACAACUGAAGUCAGUUAUUUAAGGAACUAUGAUGAUUUGAGUAAAUACUUGAUCAAGUUGAAGCAUUAUUUUUCUCUUCACGUAUUAAUUUGUUUCAUCAUUUCUUAUUUAAUGAAUUCAAUUCAAAUAUUUGAUUCUUAUGGUAUAACACUUACAUACCAGUAUGGGAUAGGGUAAAAAUACAAUAAAGCA